AUGGGUUGCUCUGUGAGUAUCGUGGGCGGUAACCAUUCCGGGUAUGGCCUCCUAGGUGAUCUGGUGAUGGAAAUGGAACACCAUUUCCAUGGAGUUGAGGCAGACCAUGCCUCUGGUUGCAUUCGGGUCGAAGCAGGCGUGAAGCUGCAGGCGCUGGCUGCAAAAGCUGCAGAAGCUGGACUUAUUGUCCCACUGGGCACUGCCCCAAGCGUCGGUAUUGGCUUAAUUCUUCAGGGAGGCGUGGGGCAUUUAACCCGGCGACUGGGUUUGGCACUCGACGCGGUUCAGUCCAUCCAGCUAGUUCUUGCUGCUGGUGAUGUUGUAACAGUGGACCGCGAAUCAAGUGAUGAGUCGAAGAAGGAUUUGUUUUGGGCCCUGUGCGGGUGCGGUCCCAACUUCGGUGUGGUUACCUCUCUUGAACUAAAAGCUGCGCAGCUUCAAAGCUUUCGCGCCACCAGACACAUUUUCCGGCUGCCUACCAGCACUGCAGAAGCCACAACGCUGCUGCGAGACUACAUGCUGCGAGCGCGGUCAUUGACGCGAGACUGCUGCUCUGACUGUUGCCUAUAUAUGGCAGACGACUUGACUGAGCAGGAUGGCAUGCUGAUGGGCAUUUACGACUUCAAUCUUGGAUGCGACGUACCUCCCAUGAAGACGAGUGCUCAGCUGGUACUCAACCGGGUAGAUGAAGGCCUGGAUACUGUGCAGCUCAUGGCGCAGGAGCCCUACUUGUGUGAGCAACCUGCUGGGGUGGUACAAAGGGGCUUCCUUUGCAGCCGGUUCUUCGCCUGCGAUGCGGAGAUCAGCGAGGCAGUAGUGGAGAGCCUGAAAGAGGCUCCAAGUAGGCAUUGUUACUUUCACUUCCAGCACAUGGGCGGUGCAGUGGCGGAUGGGAGCAGUGCAUUUCUGGCCCGAGACGCGGAAUGGUCGCUCGUGAUCUCCGCAGCAUGGGCUGAAGAUGAGGGCGACUGCAGCCACUGGGUUAAAAGUGUUAUGGAAGUCUUGCUGCCCGUUGCUUUGGGAUGCUACGCAACGGACCUCGGCCCAGAUGAUGUCGACCUGGCUCGCCAAACUUUUGGCACCCAUACCAGCCGAUUAUUGCGCUUGAAGCAGAAGUGGGAUCCUGGCAACAUGUUCAGGCAUGGCUUUCCUUUGUCCCAGCUGGGGCAAGCUCCAUGA